AUGAAGACAGAAAAGACUUUCUCCAUUAAAAAACUAAAACACUCCAUCCCGUGGCUGCUCUACUAUUCAAUUGCGUCUGUUAAUUUCUUCAUCACUUUCUACUACGACUCGCUGACCAUCAUACCUUUUGGAAUAAUCAAUAACCCGUGCUUCCUUCUCUUGAUACUUUUCACGUACAUUACGUACUCCAUCUACAUCCAAUCUCCGCCCUCCAUCUUAGCACACACUCGGCAGAUCCACGCGUCCCUUAUCAAGAAACUUAUAAUAACGGUGGCACUUAGCGAUGCGCUGAUACUUGGGAUAAUCGCCAGAGUGUGCACGUCUAAGCAGUACAUCACCACUUUGCUUAUUGUUACGAUCAUAAUACAGAUAGUGAUAUACUCUGAGUACAUUUUAAAAAUAAUCAUCCCAACUCUGCACAGGACGCCCCUGGACAACUACAUCUCCAUCAUUUCGCACCUAGACACUACAGACAUGGCUGAAUUUGGGAUAUUCCGGUUCUACUUCUACUUCUAUCUCUUUGUGUUUGCUUUUAUAGUGCUGUUUAUCAUGCUGUUUUACAUGUGCACUCUUCCCAUGUCGAACUUUGGAUACUCUGAGUUUAUUUUUAAAAGUAUUUUCUGCUACUGGACCUUCUACACUUUCAUGUACCUCCUGAUCACCCUGUGCGUGAUCAGUUUCUAUCUGAACAUAAACUCAGGAUGCAGUAUUUGGCAGUCAUUCCGCAUCAUUUCGAAAAUAGUCACAGGGAACAUUGGAGUGUGCAUCUACAUGGCAGCCAUUAAGAUGCUGUGUGUUCUGCUGGCUCCUUUGGAGAUCUUCUGCUACAUAGAAAGCGCCAGACAGUGGCUGGAGUAUGCGGGCAACAAGUAUUUUGGAAAUAUAGUGUUCUACAAGAAAGUGGGGAUAAAGAGCAUCAUCGCAAUAACGGCUGUGCUGGAGGUAGAGCCGCACGAGGCCUCUGAGUUUCUCAAAAAAAUAGAAACAACAGGAAACUAUCCGUAUAUAAACUCUUUUAAGUCUGUGGACAGCGGAAACACAACAAAAAAAACAUCUCUCUGCCUGAUCAUUACGAUUCUGAUCCCUCUCAGCCUGAUCAUCCUAUUUGGCUCGCUUUUUACGAAUGAGUUCAGAGGAUACCUGAAACUGGUAGUAUCGCUUGUCUGGGCAUCGUAUGCCACAUCGCACAUUGGCUACAUCUACACAGAAACAAUGCACUAUGCGGCGGUGCUAUCGAAUGUGCAAGGAAACCUCUAUGGCAUGAAAUGGGUCGAUGCCCAUCUGAAUGCGCUGUAA